AUGGUGAAGAAAGCUGCCCCAAAGAAAUAAGAGACUAAAAAAGCUCCAAUUAGAAGAACAAGAACUAUAUAGGCUUUAAUAAAAGAUAAUGAAAAUAUUGUACAUGAAAAAUUGGGAUAGACUAGAAGUAAAAGUAAUGGUGUGUAAUAAAAAAAGAUUACCAAAUAGACAUAAGAAGUUAAAUAAAAGAAAGUAGUAAAUGAAAAAGAAAGGAGUGCGCCCAAAAAGAAUUCAAAUUAAAAAGAAGAAAAAUAACCAAUUAAAGAUGAUACCAAAUAAAAAAAAUAGCCAGAAAAAUAAGAAGAUAAAAAGAAGACAGAAACAAAAUAAAAUGUGAAACCUGUUUAAAAAAAAGUAAUAAGUAAAAAAAAAAGUACUCCAAAAAAAAGUCCUGUAAAAAAAAGUACAACUAAAAAAACUCCAGUUAAAGCUAAUAACGCCAAAGAAGAUACGAAACCUAAAGCAGCUGAAAAGAAAAAUGAAAAAGAAGUAACUAUGAGUGAAAAAAAAGUAGAAGAAAAAUCUGAAAAAAAAAAUAAUGAAAAAAGUGAAAAAAAAGUGAUCGAUAAAUCAGAGAAAAAAGUUGUUGAUAAAUCAGAUAAAAAAGCAAAUGAUAAAAGCGAGAAGAAGGCUGUUGAGAAAUCAGAUAAGAAAAGUGGAAAAAAAGAAUAAUAAAAAGAAUAAUAAGAAUAAAAAUAAACAGAAUCUGCUAAGUUACCAAGAAGAACUGAAAGCAAAGCAGCAGCUGGCAUUGUUGAUGUCGUAUUUUGUGUAGACACUACCUCCUCUAUGUCUCAGUAUAUUAAUUAAACCAAAAAUACCGUAAAAGAAAUUAUUAAAAACAUUAAAAAUAAAGCGUCAAAUGAAGAUAUUAGUGUUAAAUUUGGAUUUGUAUGUUAUAGAGAUCAUCCACCCUAAGACCAAACCUAUGUAACCAAGAUUUAGGAUCUAUGUGGAGAAGAUGAAAUUAUUAAAUUUAUAGAUUAACAAAAUGCUGAUGGAGGUGGAGAUACACCAGAGGCUGUCUUGGAUGGAUUGUAUGAUGCAGCAAAAAAGAUUGAAUGGAGAGAUGCCACUCGCACACCUUCAUUAAGAUACAUCUUUCAUGUUGCUGAUGCUCCUCCCCAUGGAAAAGAGUUUACUGAUUAAACAUCACAAUGGCCUAAUGGAGUUCCAUCUGGGGUUAACUUAGAUAAAGUAUCUCAUGUAAUCAACAUUAGAGAAAUUCAUUAUAGAUUGAUUAAUGUCAAUCAAACAGAUAUACUAGACAAAAUGAAGAAGUUAUUCAAGGAAAAAUUUACUAAUUAUGAAGAAACAGAUUUGACUAAUGCUAAGGAAAUGGAUUUCAAAGUUAGUGAUAUGAUCAUCAGAGAAUUAUUACCCGAUGUCGAUUAUAAUGAUUGA